UUUUAAGGCACCCUGGCGUAUUAAAUGACAUCCCAAUAUUUUCACACACAAGCUUCCCUCCCUUCUCUAUGACAUUCUAUUCGAGAACACACCGUUCUUCAUGUCCAGGUUUUACUGGAAAAUUGGCAAAGUAAACUGCAUUGCAUAUUUGCAUUAUAAUAUAUUGAUAGAAGGGAUCAGCAGCACCUGAUAUGGCUGACGGUGAACAACUCAAGAAGUAUGGGGUCCCGAUUUACGGGGCUGCAUGGGUCCCAUCCGGAGCCAUCACAUCUGCUCCUGAAUCAAAGCCGGAGGAAGAUGGAGAUAGUAUGGUCCCUAAUGACAACUUGCCUUCGGUUGCUGCUGCCAACUAUAUUGUCCUUGCUGGAGGGGGUGGCGAAGGGCGUAGCGGCAUCCCAAAUGCUAUCCUCCUUGUUCAACUUGACCCCGACUCCCAUAUUCUAUCCAACCAACCAGUGGCAAGGUUUGGAACUGGUACUGAUGUGCCUUACAGGAUGGCGGUCCACCCUGGAGGAGAAGGCCUUAUUUGUUCUUUACCUAAAAAUUGCAGGUGGUUUGAGUGGGAUGCAAGCAAUAUCACAGAUGGGGGUGCUUUGGCUCUAAAGUCAUCUGAGAGAGUUCUUAAGCAUUUGGAAGACAUUGAGAUGCAAUUAGCACUUACAUUUAACAAUGAGGGUUCCCUACUUGCUGUUGGUGGUGAGGAUGGCAAGCUUAGAGUUUUCAAAUGGCCAAGCAUGGAGAUUAUUAUUGAUGAGCCCAAGGAUCGUUCUUCUGUAAAAGAUUUAGAUUUCAGCCCUGAUGGAAAAUUUCUUGUAUCUCUGGGAAGUGGCUGUUGUAGGGUCUGGAAUGUCUCAACAUUAACAUUGGUGGCUUCUUUGCAGAAGAAAAAUGAUGAGAUGUUUGGAUUUUGUAGAUUCUCGCGAUGUAGUAAGAAUCAGACCAUCUAUGUCACCGCUUCAAAUGGAAAAGGAGGAAGUAUUGUGAUGUGGAACACCACUACAUGGAAGAGGAUGAACUCAAAGCUUGUUGUCUCUCUCCCGAUUUCAGCAUUUGAUGUUUCAGCUGAUGGGAAGCUCCUAGCAAUUGGGACCACUGAAGGUGAGGUUCGGAUCUUGAGUUCUGAAAAUAUGCGAGUGCUGAUGACGGUUAAGAAAGCACAUAUGGGUAUACCGACCAAAGUAACAUUCUCCAAGGAUUCAAGGGCUUUGCUCUCUGCCUCAAUGGAUUCAAGUGCAAGGGUGACACUCAUCAGGGACAAUGACCGUAAAAAUAGAGGGUUCAGUUUCUGGAUGGUAGUUUUUGUCAUUUUAUUGGCAAUAGCUGUGUACUAUGCAAAACAGGAAGGGAAGCUUUCAUGGCAGCACAAUUUCCCAUUCAAGUCCUAGAGUAAAGUUUUACUGCUGUCGUUACAUUUUGACAAUUUUCCGCCAUCGCCCUUUGUUAUUGACAACAGUUGAGGUUCUUCUCCCAUUCCCAGGACAGUUGAUUUCUGUGGAACUGAAACCAAACAUUGUACUCUUCUUGUACGGAAACUCAAGGUGGUUAAUGGGGGUUGCCUCUCUUAGAAAUAGAUAAAUAAAUAAAUUACACACUCAAAAGCGUAAUGUGCUCUGUGGACCAUAGUAUGAAGGGCAUACAUUGUAAGUAACAGUUAUUGACCUUACAAAAAGGUUAUGUUAUUAGAUGCCAAUGGAUUUGACAGCUUUAUAUGUUUGUUGAAUAGAGCACUACCAAUGUGUUAAAAGCAUACACACUACUCAGUACUUUUUUAGAAUUAUUGCAUGUGGCGUAAUAUUUGUAAACUAAAAUCUCUAUUUACAGUCAAACCAAACGUGGAAUAGCGUUGCAUAAUAAUAUCCCGAUGAUCUGUUAAGUGGAAA